GCGCAAAAUCCCGACACGACACCCACCAAUGUGAAAAACAAGACCAGAGCUUCUUCGUGCGACAGUCACUCUCUACCAUCUUCAAAGCGCUUUCGGUCAUUUGAUACGGCAUUUCACUUUGAAAAGCUGACCGACUGUCUUUCCUCUCCUGCCAAAAGGAGCACUCUUUACCCGAUCAAUUCUAGUAUUUAAUUCCCGACCGACCUUGACGGCCUUGUCCCUCUCGCAUCCGGAAAUCUCCAAAAAAAAAAGUCGCCUUUACGCCAGCCAGCCAGACACCCAAGAUGGCUGACCAACAGGCUAGUCUGCAGGAAAUCCUCGCGCGCCUUGGCGCUGCGCAAUCCGCAACACCCCAGCCUCCUCCUGGUGCGGGAGCUGGUCUACCUGCCUACCCUCCGCCUCAACAGUACCCAAACGCGCCGCCGCCUGCUCCCUACGGAGCGCCGAAUCCCUACUCUUACCCGCAACCUUCUGCCAGCGGUAGCGUUGACCUGUCCAAGGUGACACCCUACUCCUCCGGCGUCGUACCUGGUCCCGGCGCUGCCGGCGACAGCUUUCAGGACGCCAUCGCAAAGGCCCGGAGUUAUGCUUCGAAUCAUGGGGCUACCCCCUACGAGCGCCCAGCCAAUGGCUACGGUAACGAUCAUCGUGGUGGGCCCUCGUCUGGCUAUCCGCGAUCACGCUCACGCUCACCAAGACGCGAUCAAGGGUACGGUCGCGACAACUACAACUCGUACCGUGAGGAAAGACGAGAUGACCGCGGACGUGACCAAGGCUUCGGUCGGGACCGCGAGCGAUCAUUCUCUCCCCGCAGUCGUCGCCAGAACAACACUUUCUCACCUCGUGGCGGCCACGGCACUCGCGAGCGUAGUCCAAUUGGCGGCGGCGGCGGCGGCGACGACAACUCAGAGAUUAUGCAAAUCGAAGCAAGUCUUGUCGGUCUCAUCAUUGGCCGAGGAGGCGAGAACCUACGCCGCAUAGAAAAUGAUACGCAGUGUCGUGUUCAAUUCCUCCCUGCUGCCCCCACCGACGGCGACCAUCGCCAAUGCAAGAUUUCCGGGCCAGCUUUCAGGCGUGCCGAGGCUAGGACUGCUAUCAACCGCAUCAUUGACGACAGUGGCAUGGCACCUCUCAAUAGAGGUGGUGGCGGUGGCGGCUACAAUGCGGGCGGUAGAGAUCGCAAUGCCGUGAUCGAGCCCAAGGAAGGCGAGGAGUGCAUCCAGAUUAUGGUCCCCGAUAGAACCGUGGGCCUGAUCAUUGGGCGUGGUGGUGAGACGAUACGUGAUCUUCAAGAGCGAAGCGGCUGUCACAUCAAUAUUGUUGGUGAGCAGAAGAGCGUCAAUGGCCUACGUCCGGUCAACCUGAUAGGAAGCAUGGAGACUACCACACGGGCCAAGAACCUCAUCAUGGAGAUUGUGGACAGCGACACCCGCAAUGGGGGUGCUCCUGGUGGUGGAGGUGGUGGACGACCGCAGUACGGUGAUGGACCGCCUGGCCGUGGCCAGCGCGGCGACCACAUGGGUGGCGGACCUGAUAAGACGAACGAUUCCAUUUACGUGCCCUCGGAAGCCGUGGGCAUGAUUAUCGGCAAAGGUGGCGAGACUAUUCGUGAGAUGCAGAGCAGCACCGGCUGCAAGAUCAACGUUUCGCAGUCAUCUGGACCGAACGAAACCGAACGCGAAAUUGGGCUUGUCGGCAGCCUAGACGCUAUCGCAAGGGCGAAGCAGGCCAUCGAAGACAAAGUCGAAGCAGUCCGCCAGAAGAACAGUGGCGGCGGCGGCGGUGGUGGUGGUGGUGGUGGAUAUGGGGGACGUGGACGUCAUCGCGAUUAUGAUAACCCGAACUAUGGACAGGCAUCUAACCACAGCGCACCAGCAGCCCAGAGUCAGCAACCUCCUGCAGUGCAGGGUCAGCCGGCCGGAGGGGCUGCCGGAGCCGACCCGUAUGCAGCCUACGGUGGCUACCAAGCGUAUGCUGCCAUGUGGUUCCAAGCGAUGGCCCAAGCACAACAGCAACAGACCGGUGAUGCUGACAAGAAAACCGGCCCCCCUGGAGUUUAGGUGCUCCUUUGAGAUGCACUUCGCCAUGACGACUGCAACUGUGUGCUUGAUGCCAUGAUGCUCGCGAUAUGAGUAACUUGCCACGUCAUGAAUGCACCGACUGCCUGACAUGGAUUUUGAUGCCGUGCUCGCCUCCACGAUGCAACCAUUACCAACAACACCUAUCUUGGAUCACAUUACCCACGACAUGAUAUUGCACGACAUUCCGAUGAUUCUGGCCGCCCUUAAUCCUCUUCAUGACUUCCCUGUCCCGCCCAUAACAUCUUCUGGCACGUUUCCUCUUUUUUUUGUUUCUUGGUUUCUCCUAUGGCUCAGGGCGGCCAGCCGCACAUAUGCCCCGAAUGAAGUGUCGCUCAGCAGCGUCAUGCCGAGUUGUCUGUGAUGCUUGUCACUUCGCCAACAAAAGCUCGAAAUCCGUCCAGGCCGUGUUGACUGCAUAUUGCGAAUGGCGGUGACAUGCAUGGACAUUGCCACGCGCGCAUGACUUGGAUUGAUGAUUGAUCAACUUAAAAAGUCGUAAUCAUGGAUUCAUCCGCCUCACAGGAUCACGCGCGAGUACGGCUGUUAUUUGCUGAGGUCUGGCAUGCAUGAUCAAGAUGUCACCCAUGAGUACCGACAUGACGAAAAGCACAGUCCAGUUCCCCCUCCUCGUCCGGUUGUGGAAAAUAUUUGAAGGGAGUGACGUCUUGCUCGUAUCCCGACUUUUGAUUUGGUCUGGUUCCUUGAGACUGCGUCACUUGCAUCGUACCAUCAUACGCCCGCGUGCUUCGAAGCUAUUGCAAUUCUACUUGCAGCUUUCGAACAGGUCAGCUGCUUGAUUGUACCUUUGCCAUCACAACUCCUGGCAAUAAGAGAAAAUCCUCUUUGCAUGUUCUAUGUGAACGAGGAAUUCCUAUGCCAUAUAUGUGGUUUGAAUGGUUUAAAGGAGUUACGUUUGGUACUUGCUAGGUUUUUCGUCUUCUUUCUUUUCUCUGUCUCUCUUUACUUCUCUUUUUGGAAAAAGCUCCCAGUGUCUUGGGCGACUUGACGUUGGCCCAGCCUUGCUUCUCACUGAACAUUGAAUGGCAUUUCCAAAAGACCAUGAACGCCGACGAUACAUGGGUUUUUGAUUCAUUGAGAUUUUUCGCAUCUACGUCUGACGUCUGCUCGAAAAAGAAAUUACAUCAAGGAUGGGUCGGCAGGGUACAAAGAGUUUUCUAUUCUUUUGUUUUCUUCUAUCGGUUGGUCACAUUGCAUGGUUGCAUCAAGGUUUCCUGUCCUCUUUUUUCGCCCUCCUUUUCAUUUGCUUCUAUAGUGUAUAAUUACUUGGGAAAAAAGCACAUUUCAAAA